UGUGCAAGAGAAACCAUGGCUCACUUGACAGGUAGCAUUGCAGUUCUCGUAACAGCGCUGGUCACCGUGUCUCUGGCGAUUCCCGGUGGUUGGUCGACGAAGGAACCCUCAUCUAGCCCUAAGUAUAAGGAACUGGCCCACUUCGCGGUCGCUCAGCGCGUGGAAGGUCUGGAGAAAUACGACACAGUUCUCGAACUCACAGCCGUGGAGACUCAGAUCGUCGCCGGCGUGAACUACCGUCUAACCUUCAGCAUUGCCGCCACUGAUUGCAUAAUAGCCGAAGUGGAAUACAACGCCAAACGUUGCCCACCUAAGGACAACCAGGCGAAGGCGACCUGCACAGCCGUUGUCUACGAGAGGCCCUGGGAAAACCUGCGGUCUCUCACUUCGCUCGAGUGCGCUUAGUUUCAGCUUCUGCAGAGCCCUGAAUGGAAACCAAUCCGAUGAAAGACUGAACUGUUUAAACCCUGGCACAUAAAUGUGGGCGCCGAGAAAUACAAUGAAAACUCAGGAAUAUGCACCACCAUAUGAAG